CGUCUCCGAGGCCCCCCGACCAUUCCACCAGCAUCAGCGACCGGACCCGCGUGUCUGUAAAAUUGUGUCAUUACUCGUAGAUACUGCACAUUGUACGGAUAUCAGUUACAGCGUCUAAUCAUACCUACCAUACCUACUGUCUGCGAUAACGGACGAUCGAUACAACGAAAACGGCCGUCUGUUUCAAAGAAAUCACUGAAGGAUCGAUGUGUGCUGUUCGUUCGUAAACCGACAUGUCGAGAUAGAAAAGGUGGAAAUUCGAGGAAACGAAAGGAAAAAGAGCCCCUCCGCAAGGAUCGAUAGAUAAAACAAUAAAAAUUAUUCACGAUCCGUCCACACCUAUACCAAUCACUUUACCAAAUACCGCAAACUAAUGGACAGAUUUCAAUCGAAUGAAUCAAUGACGGGAGAUCGGUAAUCUCUCGACGCUAAUUCCAUAAUAGCCUACACGGUUAAACGCUCGAAUUAAUUCACACGUAUAACCACAGACGGCGACUUAUUAAUAAUUCAUACGCACUGUUUACGGAAUCUAAAUAUACGAACAGAUAAUAAAAAAUAAUAACAAUCGCAAUCGAGCGAUAUAUACCGGGCGAAUUAAACUCCUACCCGGAGAACGUAUCACCGAAGGAUAAACGGUAAAAAUAUAUCGAAAUAACGAGAGAAGUAAAGCAGAAAAAGGAAGAGAAUCAGUGAAGUGUGGUGAUAAAGUUUGGGUCGCGUCAACACCGUGCAAGUGUACCGAGAAAACGGCAAGCUGGCGUCAGCAGCGGCAGAAUUGGUGGCGGCACGUGAGCCAGAGCCGCGCAAUGAAAUCCAGGACACGAACAGGACGAGUGCUUUCGCCGGGGGUCUCGGGGCGGAAUAUCUCGUCAGGAUGGCACUGGACCAAUACACGGAGAUUCUAACGACGAUAUCCGAUCCCAGGGUUAGCGAUUGGCCGCUCAUGGAUUCGCCGAUUCCUACCUUCGUCAUCGUCGUUCUCUACCUCUACGGCGUCACCAUCUUCGGACCGAGAGUCAUGGCGAACAAAAAACCCUUCCAACUUCGCGGCACUCUGAUAGCCUACAAUGCCCUCCAGGUUCUGUUCUCUCUCGGGAUGAUGUACGAGCAUCUCAUGUCCGGAUGGCUUUUGGACUACAGCUACAAGUGCCAACCCGUCGAUUACUCGCACAAUCCCUCCGCACUGCGGAUGGCAAAUCUGUGCUGGUGGUACUUUAUCAGUAAAUUUACCGAAUUUGCUGACACGAUAUUCUUCGUGCUGCGUAAAAAGGACAGCCAGGUGUCGUUUCUGCAUCUAUAUCACCACUCUCUGACGCCCCUCGAGACGUGGGUUUGCGUAAAAUUCAUCGCUGGUGGACACGGGACUCUUGGGAAUCUCAUAAACAACGCGGUACAUGUCGUCAUGUACGCCUACUACAUGCUCUCAGCGAUGGGACCUGAGUACCAGAAGUAUCUCUGGUGGAAAAAACAUCUCACGACCGUUCAGUUGGUACAAUUUUUCCUGGUCUUCAUUCACAGCACCCAAGCAUUGAUAUUCGAUUGUGGGUAUCCCAAACUAGUCGCUGGACUUUUACUUCUACAUUCGACGAUAUUCUUCGCUUUGUUCUCGGACUUCUAUAACCGAGCUUACAGGAAAGAACAAGCGAGAAAGUUACAAAAGGCUAUCAAAUGCGACUAGUUCAAAAACGAGAGAAUCUCCAAUAUUAUUGUAAAGGAACAAAAAAAUUCGAAUAGUUCUUCUAUUUUCCAUCAUUUCUUUUUUUUUCAAUUCGCUCGUAACAAAUAUGUCGAAGCCAGUCGCGCAAGUCAAACUGCAAUAUAUCUGUAAGGCUUUUGUAAAUAGAAAUUUAAUGUUAAUAAUGAUUUAACUAAUGAUACGUAAAACUUAUGACCAAAUGAAGGUUUUUGAAGAGACGAAAUAAUAUAUAGAUAGAUAUUUAUAGGUAUAUAAUAUAUUUAAACAAAUUGCCAAGAGACGUACGAAACUCGAGCUCAAUUUCUAAAUAAUAUAUAUAAAAAUCUUAAUCAAUUAUUAAGAAAGCGUACACAAUAUAAGCGUAUAGUCUAGUUUAUUGUAAAUUUAUUUCUCGAUCCCGCGGAGAAUACGGUACAUUAAACGAAAAAUCAGUCCAGUAGUAUAGCUUAACAAAAAAAAAAUGAAAUAAAAUAGGUAGAUGCACGGGAAAGACACGAAAAAUAUUGAAAAAAAUUACGUAGCGUAAUAACGGCUUGAAGAAUUAUAUAAUGAUAUUAUACAUGAUGUGCGACUAGUGAAGUUGCUCAAGUAUGUAUACAUACGACUAUGCAAUAUUUCGUCAACGAAUACGUAUAGGUAUAUUUGCCGCAUAAGCAUUGGAGCGGGCAACCUAGAUUCGCCGGAAUAAAUAUACGUAUAUGAUAUUAUGUUAUACCUGAGUGAUGAGAGGGCAAAACGAAUUAUUUGUAAAAGACUCUAUACCUAGAGUUUAAAAGACUAUUCUAGCGAGCUCGCGUAGUCGAGUUCAUUACGUUACAUUUAAUAUUACCCAUUAGUUCACAGAUAUCCAUCCUGUAUGACCACUGCAGGAUGAAGGAAUCAAAUUCAAAGUAAAGUAUACGAAAUCGAAACUAGGUAGGAUUAUGCGAACCUACGGACGAUUGAAAUAUACAUGUAACAUACAAUAUGUUAUUUAUUAAUUUCUAAAAAAUAUGCAGCGCAGCACUUGUUCUCACCUUGUAAGUAAAUUUGGAUUCAGAUCCUAAAAAAUCGAAGACCCGCAGCUGCACCUCAAAGCGCGUUUAUUCGAUUAUAAUUCAUAAUUACUGUCUGAUUUUAUAUUUCAUAUUAUAUGACAAUUUUGAUUUCACAUAUCAGCUACGCGUUUAUUUUUUAUUUAUACUCAUAUGUCUAUACAUGAACGACGGUGGUAUAAAUUUCCGAUAUGAAAUUUAACGAACAUCUAUCAUUGCGAACGAAACUACGACCAUACGAUAGCCGCGAAAUAAAAUCAGAUAAGGGAAGAAGAUUUCAAUGUUGACUCCACGCCGUUCGCGAACCUUAUGCGAUAAGCGGCUAACGCUAUAUAUUAUACCUCAUCGAUUUUUACGAGGGCAAUGCAACCACCGCGCCGCUUUCGUAUAGUUUGUAACAGUCACAAUCAGCGACACUCAUUUUGACGUACCUUUUUUCUAAUCAACGUCGUGAUGAAAUUCAUAAAAUAUAAUUAUUUCUGCGGACAAAAUCUUCUCGCGCCAGGUUGUGGACAGAAAGUUUCAUUUCAUUGUCCGCAUCUACAUAUACCACUGACGCGAUUAUCAUGGGAUACAAGAUCGUAUAUACAUAGGUAUAAUAGUAUAUGUUGAAGUAUUUCAUCUGAUACCGAAUGUAUAAAUGUAAACUAUUUUGUAAAUAUUUUUCCAAUAAAAUAAACAUACAUAUAUGAUA